GUUUAUAAAACCCUUUAAACCCUUUCAUACUGAUGGAUGAGAAGCGGAAGCAGCAAUGGUGAAAGCAUACCUGAGGUACGAGCCGGCGGCGGCGUUUGGAGUGAUUUCGUCCGUUGAGGCGAAUAUUGUGUACGACAGCACAGGCAAGCACCUUCUCGCUCCGGCGUUGGAGAAGGUGGGCGUGUGGCACGUCCGUCAAGGCCUCUGCACCAAAACUUUAACUCCUUCCCCUUCCUUUCGCGGUUCUUCUCUCGCCGUUACUUGUAUCGCCUCCUCUCCUUCUUCUCUGAUAGCAAGUGGGUAUGCCGACGGUUGCAUAAGAAUCUGGGAUUGUGAGAAAGGAACUUGUGAGACCUCAUUGAAUGGACAUAAGGGGGCUGUGUCGGCCCUUCGGUACAACAAAGCUGGUUCUUUGCUCGCAUCUGGAAGCAAAGAUUGUGAUAUUAUUUUAUGGGAUGUGAUCGCUGAAGCUGGGCUUUUUCGCCUACGUGGGCAUCGUGACCAGGUUACCGAUCUUGUUUUCUUGGACUCUGGAAAAAAACUUGUUAGUUCCUCGAAGGACAAAUUUUUGAGAGUUUGGGAUCUUGAAAAUCAGCAUUGUAUGCAAAUAAUAAGUGGACAUCAUAGUGAAAUUUGGUCUAUUGAUGCCGAUACUGAGGAAAGGUAUCUAGUAACUGGUUCAGCUGACUCAGAACUUCGGUUUUACAUGAUAAAGCAUGAAUUGGUGGAUGAACAAUCCGGGCCUAGUGUAAAUGGAAAUGAGAUUGUUACUGGUGGAGAUUUGCCUGCCCAAAACAAAUGGGAACUUUUGAAGUAUUUUGGUGAAAUUCAGCGACAAAACAAGGAUAGAGUUGCUACUGUAAGAUUCAAUGACGCUGGAAAUCUGCUGGCUUGUCAAGUGGCAGGGAAGACGGUCGAUAUAUUCCAUGUAUUGGAUGAGGCUGAAUCCAAGCAUAAAGCAAAACGUAGACUUAACAGGAAGAAAGAGAAAAGAUCUAGAAAAGUAGCAGCAGAGGUAACUGAAAAUGGUGAUGCACGUCACAGAGCUGGAGAGGAAGGCAAUGUCCUGGCUGUUAUCGUCACUGAUGUUUUCAAGCUUCUGCAAACCAUACGAGUAAGCAAGAAAAUAUGUUCCAUUUCGUUCUGUCCUAUUACUCCGAAGAGUUUGCUGGCCACUUUGGCAUUGUCUCUGAACAAUAAUCUACUUGAAAUUUAUUCUAUAAAUAGUACUUCAAGCACCAGGACAAUUUCUAUUGAGCUUCAGGGCCACCGUUCUGAUAUCAGAAGUGUUGCACUUAGCUCAGAUAACACCGUUUUGAUGUCAACUAGUCACAAUGCUGUAAAAAUUUGGAAUCCUAGUACUGGUUCUUGCCUUCGAACCAUUGAUUCUGGGUAUGGAUUAUGCAGCUUGUUUGGACCUCUUAACAAGUUUGCAAUUGUGGGAACUAAAAGUGGAACUAUAGAGAUUAUUGACGUUGGUAGCGGGACUUGCGUUGAAGUUGUGCAAGCACAUGGUGGCUCUGUCCGGUCAAUGGCAAUGUUUCCUCAUGGAAAUGGUUUUAUCACAGGGAGUGCAGAUCAUGAUGUUAAAUUCUGGGAGUUUCAGAACCUGCAGAAACCUGGUCAGGAUUCUAAGAGCCUAACUGUGUCCAACACAAGGACCAUGAAAAUGAAUGAUGACGUGUUAGUUGUUGCUGUCCGUCCUGAUGCUAAAUAUAUUGCUGUUGCUCUGCUGGAUUGCACGGUGAAGGUCAUCUUUAUGGAUUCUCUCAAAAUUUUCCUCACCUUAUAUGGUCAUAAGCUGCCUGUGCUGUGUAUGGAUAUAUCAUCUGAUGGGGAUUUGAUUGUCACUGGCUCUGCAGACAAAAAUUUGAAGAUUUGGGGUCUGGAUUUUGGUGACUGCCAUAAAUCCAUUUUUGCACAUGCUGAUAGUGUUAUGGCAGUGCAAUUUGUGUGCAACACACAUUACUUGUUUAGUGUUGGGAAAGAUCGCCUUGUAAAAUACUGGGAUGCUGAUAAGUUUGAGUUGCUUUUAACCCUUGAGGGACAUCAUGCAGAAGUUUGGUGUCUAGCAGUCAGCAAUCGUGGUGAUUUUAUUGUGACAGGAUCUCAUGAUCGGUCUAUACGCCGUUGGGAUCGCACUGAAGAGCAGUUUUUCAUUGAGGAAGAGAAGGAAAAAAGGCUGGAAGAGAUGUUUGAGUCUGAUCUUGACAACACAUUUGAAAAUAGGUAUGCUCCCAAAGAAGAAGUUCCAGAGGAGGGAGCUGUGGCAAUAGCAGGAAAGAAAACUCAAGAAACCCUUUUUGCCACCGAUUCAGUUAUUGAUGCAUUGGACAUGGCAGAGGCUGAAUUGAAGCGAAUGGCUGAGCAUGAGGAGGAGAAAACAAAAGGGAAAGUUGCGGAGUUUCAACCAAAUAUGCUCAUGCGUGGGCUUUCUCCAUUUGACUAUGUUCUCCAUGCGCUUUCAAAUGUCCACACCAAUGAUCUUGAGCAAACAUUGCUGGCUUUACCUUUCUCAGAUGCAUUAAAGCUUAUGUCUUACUUGAAGGAUUGGACUUGCAAUCCUGAUAAGGUUGAACUUAUUUGCAGGAUUUCUACAGUGUUAUUACAGACGCAUCACAAUCAGUUGGUCAGUACCCCAGCUGCCAGACCUGUCUUGAUUGUUCUCAAAGACAUUCUUUAUGCAAAAGUGAAGGAAUGCAAGGAUUCUCUUGGUUUCAAUCUCGCAGCAAUGGACCAUAUAAAGCAAUUGAUGGCUUCAAAGUCAGAUGCACUCUUUCAAGAUGCAAAAACGAAGUUGCUAGAAAUCCGUUCAAGGCAUUCAAAACGUGCUGAAGGGAGGAUGGAGACAAAAGAAGAAAGGCGGAGGAAGAAGAAACAAAAGAAGUCGAGAGACAUGCAUGCUUGGACCUGACUCGAGGCUUAGAGAGUUCCUAGAAAUGAAAUGCACCAAUGCUUUUGGUUGCGGAGGUGGAUGAAGUUUACAGCAUUUGCCAGAUAUAACAUGUUGAAAGUGAUGUCCUGAUUGUUCUGAAUCCAAUUACCGGAGAUUGAUCGAAGCCUUGAAGUAGUAAAAUUGAGAGGGAAUUUAUAAUUCUGCUUGGCUACGGGAGAAGGGGGAAAAAAAAAACAGGAAUAAGCCAUAAGCCACGAGGAAGUCCUGUUUGAGCAGCUUGUCAGCCAUGAAGUUUUGGCAUAAUUUUGGCUAUAGCACAUGUAAUUUGAUCAUUCCUAACAGGGGAAUUCCAGUUUUGUACAAGUGGUGUUAAUAGAUGAAUUAUUUUUUUUUUGAUAAGAGGGCUCUUUUUUUUCCGAGUCCAUUACAUAUGUUAGCAUUUGAGCACUUGAGAGAUUUUGAGGUUUGAUUUUUUGGAAAGAUGUCUGAACAAAAGAUAAUUGAAAAUUGUUUUAAA